CACACGCCAUCACACAGAUAUACCACACUCUCACCAUGAAGUUUGGUAUGGGGCGUGCGUCUUUGGUCAUGCUGGCGAUUGUCUUGCGGCGAUCAGCGCAAGCUUUCACGGUCCCAAGCAUGAUGGCUGUCAGACCUUCGCAGCAGGCUCACGCGCUGCAACAACAUCCGCCCGCUUCUGGACAGGUCUUCGACGCGACGGACGUUGUUCCUGCUUCCAAAGGGCAGGCGCCGCGGCCACGAGGGCAAUUCGAAAGGGCACUGCAAGGGGCGUCGUUCACGGCAGCAACAGGGUUUGCGGGAGCGUCCAGUGUGCUAGCAGAGUACAUUGAUCCCGACGAUGUCGGUGAAGUCGUCAGCAGCGACCUUCCGCCGAUGUGGGUGCCGCUCGCAGUCGGCUUCGUUCUCACGCUGGGCAUCGGCUUGCUUCAGGGGAGCCUGGGGGACGUUAUGAACGACGAGGCCAAGCUCGGGGCAUUGUCAGGCGCGAGAGCUGCCAAGCAAAGUGCCCGCGACCGAGACAUGUUCAAGAAGAAAGACCAAAAAUAGUCGGCUACAUAUGAGCCAGCAUUGUGGGGGAAGAGAGGGGUAGAUAAACUGGAAUGGUUCGUAUCGGGGCAGGGCGGCCGUUUUUGUUAUCCCAUUUAUGGUGUAUUUUGGAUGUGUUUUGAGACUCUACUGUAGGACGUCGUUGAGAUUUGUCUCGGCUCGACAACGGCUGUGGCCGCCGUGAUUUGUCCAGGCUCUCCAGAGAGUGGACGCAAGCGAAAAUCGGUUGGGGGUGUUUUUUGUACCUAAUAGAAAGUUGAGGAAGAGCUGUAUAAAUUGAUCCUUUUUG